AUGAUGUUCAUCAGUGGGCGAAGCAAGGAUGAAUACCUCACUGGUACUGCUACAGAACCUGAUCCAACCAGUGCUGAAUCCAUAGUUUGGAGGGCAGAAAAUAACCUAGUCAUGUCUUGGUUGAUUAGUUCCAUGACAACCGAAAUAGGAGAAAAUUUCUUGUACACCACCGCCAAAGAAAUUUGGGAGGCAGUGCAUGAAACUUUUUCAAGCAGUGACAACACGGCUGAACUCUUCUAUGUGGAGAGUACUCUCCAAGACCUUCAUCAAGUAAGAGGAAGAAUUCUUGGAACGAAGGUGCUGCCAAGUCUACGUGAAGCCUUCUCCGAAGUUCGUAGGGAAGAAAGCCACAAACGUGUCAUGUUGGGGCAGUCCAAUCCUGUGGUUCCAAAAACUCCAGCACUUGCAGCAGUCCAAAACACUCAGCAUGACUCCAGUGCCCUUGCUGCCCGUAACUCUCGUCAUGACAAUGACAAUCGAACAAGGAAGGGACGUCCUUGGUGCGAUCAUUGUCGAAAACCUGGGCAUCUCAAAGAAACUUGCUGGUAG